GAAGGAAAGCAUUAGAAACGGAAGCUGUCGGCUGUUUUUGUUUGUGUGGUCGGCAGAAGAGUUGUCAAUUCCCGCUCUAUCGAACAGCCGUCGAAAUCGGAAUUCAAACAGAACCGACGAACGGACCAGCCGCUAUGGGUGCCGGUUCGAGCAUCGAGGCCGAGAGGGAGCCGCUGCUCGCCCCUUCGUACGCGGAGCCAAACAGUCCACCAGUAAACAGCAGAGUGUACGGAAGAAGAUGGCUGGUUUUGACCCUGUUUUCCCUGCUGGGACUAAUGCAGGGGAUGGUGUGGAACUUCUGGGGUCCCAUCCAGAACUCGGCCGCUCACGCUUACGGCUUCACAAAGUCUGACAUCGCGGUGUUGGUGCUGUGGGGCCCGGUGGGUUAUUUCCCUUGGCUGCUGUUUAUGUGGUUAAUGGACAAAAAAGGUUUGCGGGCAUCCCUCCUGCUCUCUGCCUUCUUCAUGCUGCUCGGAUCGGCUCUACGAAGCAUCCCGCUGACAGAUGAGCCUCUCAGACGAUGGUUGAUACAUGGAGGUCAGUUUCUUAACGGUUUAGCAGGCCCUACCAUAAUGAGCGCCGGCCCCUUCCUCUCCACCACAUGGUUUGCCCCUGAUCAGCGAGCCACCGCGACAGCGGUGGCCUCACUCUUCUCAUACCUGGGAGGCGCCGCUUCCUUCGUAGUUGGACCUCUGGUAGUUCCAGCUCCCAAUGACACCCAGGCCAGAACCACGAUGACAGCAGCGAUUCUCGAUAACUCCAUCCGAGACAGGAUCCAGCUCGUUCUGUAUACAGAGUUGGCUGCAAUUGCGGUGCUUUUUGCAGCAGUCCUGCUAUAUUUCCCGUCACGCCCACCGAUGCCUCCCAGUGUUGCCGCUGCGAGUCAGAGACUGAGUUACAGGAGCAGCAUCUGCAGACUUCUCAGCAACCUGCGGUUCCUGAUGAUAGCGGUGGCCUAUGCAGUCCCCACAGGAGUGAUGGCCGGCUGGUCUGGAGUCCUCGACAUGGUGCUUACACCGGCCAAAGUGAGCCAGGUGGAUGCAGGCUGGAUUGGUUUCUGGUCUACUGUUGGUGGUUGUGUGUUUGGAGUAGCAAUGGCCAGAUUUGCAGACUCCAUUCGUGGGAUGCUGAAGCUGAUCCUGGUGCUGAUGCUGGCAGGAGCAUCGCUGGCCUCCACCUGGUUCACACUUACCUGUCUAAGCAGAGUUACCCAUCUCCCCGCCACUGCAGCCAUCCUCUAUACUUCCUGCAUCUUGGUGGGCAUUUUUAUUAACAGCAGCGUGCCGAUUUUCCUGGAGCUCUUCAUCGAGACGGUGUACCCGGUACCUGAAGGCAUCACCUGUGGAGUCGUCACUUUCCUGGGGAAUCUGGUCUGCGGCCUGCUGCUCUUCUUCCUCACCUUUUACUGCACAGGUGGUGCUAUCACUGACUGUAUAUUGGUCUAUGGAUGUCUUCAAAGUUGGGCUCUGAUCACACAUGUAAAGUUUGAGGCAGAUUGGAGCAUGCAGAGGAUAGUUACACAGCAGUUGAUGUUCAUGGCGAAGCAUCAAAAUUCUGGAGGCCGCCAUGGCCAUGCCCUUUGGCUUUCAAGAUGUGUCCUGGCUGAACUGGUGUCUAACUGGCUCAUGCCUCUUCAGCCUCGUCCUCAUUCUCUUCUUCAGGGAGUCCUAUGACCGUCUCUACCUGGAUGUCUUUGUCUCCGUGUGAUGCGGCUGAGGACAAAAACUAACUUGAUAAUAAAGGACUGAAUUAAUUAUCUUGCACAAAGAUGAUGAGAAAAGGGAGACGAAGGGCGAGUGGAAAACUCUUUUAUGAUGUAAU